GGAACAUAAGUAGGUGACGUGAUUGGUUUUUGUGUGAAAGAGCUAGAAUGGUAGGAUUGAAUUUUGUGCCUCAGCCAUUUUUGUCACCAGUUUACAAGGCGGGUCCUUACCCACUUGAUCUCAUCGCCACCGCCGCUUGCCUCCACUUCGGCCACCUUCUCCGCCACCGUCUCCGCCUCGGGGUUCUUCUUCGCUCCUGUCUCAAGAAACUCGCUCCUUUACAUCGUCACGUGUUUAAAUUGAAAGAUAAAUGGUGCCAAAGAUGCCUUCAACUCGAAGGAAUGAAUUAUCUUCUAUCGUCAAGUGAUGAUUUGGCUUCUACAUGUUCAACUAGUUUCUCUUUCUUUAACGGGGGAGGACAUGGAGGCCACUUUGGAAAUGCUGGCAUGUCCGACUCCAAGAUGUCUGGAAAAAAUCCAUUUAACAGAAGGAAGUGGACAAAUAUUCUCCUUGCUGCUAAUGUUUUGUUUUUCAUUGCACAGCUUGCAACCCAAGGCAAGCUUUUAUUAUGGGGAGCGAAGGUAAACAGCCUCAUUGACAAGGGACAAAUUUGGAGACUUGCCACAUCAUCCUUUUUGCAUGCAAACAUUGGGCACCUUAUGAUAAACUGUUUUUCCUUAAAUUCAGUCGGUCCAACUGUGGAGAGAUUUAGUGGUCCUCGAAGAUUCCUAGCAGUUUACUUUAUAUCAGCAAUUGCAAGUUCAGCUAUGAGUUAUUGGUUCUGCAAAAUGCCCGCAGUAGGUGCAUCAGGAGCAAUUUUUGGACUUGUUGGAUCGGUUGCAGUGUUUGUCUUAAGGCACAGAGACAUUGUAGGAGGUGGUAAAGAAGACUUGCAGCACAUAGCACGUGUAAUUGUCCUCAAUAUGGUUAUUGGAAUAUUAUCCAGAGGCAUUGACAAUUGGGGACAUUUAGGAGGCUUGCUUGGUGGAGUUGCUGCAUCAUGGCUUAUUGGACCGGCAUGGAAGCAUGAAUCUACAUCUUGGGAUGGAAGAAGAAUUUUCACUGACAGUGCACCGAUGUAUACUCUGCUCAAGAUUAGAAGGGUACCUAAGCAAUGGAAAUAGAAACACUUCAUUCCCGUAUGGGUUGAAACCUACAAUUAAAGAACAAAUUGUUGCUUGUUGUUUAUUUGUAUAAUGAUUCACUCUCUAAGCUUCCCUUAACAAAGAUGGUGGCUUGUAGUACCUGACUUUUAUAUAUUAUUUUGUAUGCUUUUGUAUUAAAUAACAGAUAAUUCAAUUACAUCACACCCUUGGACAUUUUAUUUUA